GGGAGUGACAAAUCACGUUCACAGACGAAGGUGGUGCUGCGAGCUGUGAGACGACACAAACACACACGCACGAUGCGUUUCCUUCACCGUUGAACUCGCGACGGCGACGAUGGAGGUUUCCGCCGCGCUGAGCAACUGGAGCAAGGCGGCGGAGCUGACGAAGGCGGCGCAGGAGAAAGGGAGUGAUCCUCUGGUUUGGGCUAUUCAGAUGUACUCCAACUUGAACUCUGCCGGAGAGUCUCUUCCCUCACCGGAACUCGCUGAGUUCUUGGUCUCUUACAUUUGCUGGGAGAAUAAUGUUCCCAUUCUCUGGAAGUUUCUCGAUAAGGCUCUUAUGCUCAAGAUCGUUCCUCCUAUGCUUCUUCUCGCUCUCCUCUCUCUCAGGGUUAUUCCAUGUAGACAUGUCCAACCUGCAGCAUAUAGGCUAUAUUUGGAACUCCUCAAGAGGCAUGCCUUUGAUCUUCAAUAUCAGAUUAACCGGCCGGAUUACGAAAAGGUCAUGAAAUCUAUAGAUGAUGUUCUUCAUCUUUCCGACAUAUUUGGCAUGUCACAUAGUGAGCCUGGCAUUCUGGUGGUUGAAUUUAUUUUUUCGAUUGUCUGGCAGUUGCUUGAUGCAUCAUUGGAUGAUGAAGGUUUGCUGGAAUUUAUUCCUGAAAAAAAUUCUAGAUGGGCAAUACUGUAUCAAGAAAUGGAUCUGGAUAGGCAUGACAAUUACAGUGAUAAAAAGGCUGAACAACUUGAGAUAUUGCAAAAUGCAAAUACACUUAUGGCUGUUGAGAUAAUUGGGCAGUUUUUGCAGGAUAAAAAAUCUUCAAGGCUUCUUUACUUGGCUCGCCGAAAUUUGCCUGCACAUUGGCUAAGUUUUGUUCAACGGCUACAGCUGCUUGGAACAAAUUCAUUAGCAUUGAGAAAAUCAAGAAUUCUAUGUCCUGAAGCACUUUCGCAUCUGACUUCAGAUACUUGUAUGGCAUUGCCUCGAGAAUGCAAAACAAAUUCACAGCAAAAGUUCCAGUCAGUUAUGGCUUUUGAAUAUCUUUCUUCUUCUGCAUCACUUUGUCAUGGUGCUAGUCAUUCUGCUCUUUGGAUUCCUCUUGAUCUGAUGCUGGAGGAUGCCAUGGACGGCUAUCAAGUCAGUGCAACUAGUUCUAUUGAAAUAAUUAGCGGUUUGAUAAAGACCCUCCGAGCAAUAAAUGGCACCUCUUGGCAUGACACUUUCCUUGGCCUCUGGUUAGCAACUCUUCGUCUUGUUCAGAGGGAAAGAGAUCCGAUUGAGGGCCCAAUGCCUCAUCUUGAUACUCGCUUAUUCAUGCUGUUUUGUAUCCUACCUCUUGUUGUUGCCAAUCUUAUUGAGGAGGAGGAAAGGACACCGGUAGAUGAAAAAGACAAUGGCCCUACAGAUCACUGGAAAGAGAAAAUGGUUCCAGGAAAAUGUCGCAAUGAUUUAGUCUCAAGUCUCCAGGUAUUGGGUGAUUAUCAGAGCUUGCUCCUUCCACCUCAAUCUGUUGUUGCUGCUGCAAAUCAGGCUGCUGCAAAAGCAAUGCUAUUUGUUUCUGGCAUAGGGAAUGCAUAUUUUGACUGUCUCACCAUGACAGAGAUGCCAGUGAACUGUUCUGGAAACAUGCGUCAUCUGAUAGUUGAGGCAUGUAUUGCCCGAAAUCUACUCGAUACAUCUGCAUACUUAUGGCCAGGUUAUGUGAGUGGACGGAUCAAUCAGAUACCUCAGUGUAUGCCAGCUCAAGUACCUGGCUGGUCAUCAUUUAUGAAGGGAGCCCCGCUUACUUCUGUGAUGGUUAAUGCUCUGGUUUCAAGUCCUGCUACAAGCUUAGCAGAACUGGAGAAAAUUUUUGAAAUUGCACUUGGGGGAUCAGAAGAUGAAAAGAUAUCUGCUGCUGCUAUUCUUUGUGGAGCAUCCUUAAUUCGGGGAUGGAAUAUACAGGAGCACACUGUUCAUUUCAUUCUUAGGUUAUUAUCUCCCCCAGUACCAGCAGGGAACACUGAAGGAAAUAACUAUUUGAUUAAUUAUGCUCCAAUACUAAAUGCACUCUUUGUCGGAAUUGCUUCUGUCGAUUGCGUUCAAAUAUUUUCACUGCAUGGCUUGGUUCCACAGCUUGCCUGUUCAUUGAUGCCAAUAUGCGAGGUUUUAGGGUCAUGUUUACCUAAUAUAUCAUGGACGUUACCAUCAGGGGAAGAAAUAUCUGCCCAUGCUGUGUUUUCAAAUGCAUUUAUUCUUCUCUUAAAGCUAUGGAGAUUUAACCGUCCUCCCCUUGAAUAUGGAAUUGGAGAAGUACCCACAGUUGGCUCUCAAUUAACUCCUGAAUACUUAUUGCUGGUACGAAAUUCCCACUUAAUGUCAGCUGGUAACGUCCACAAAGAUCAAUACAGGAGGAGACUCUCAGAAAUUGCAAGUUUAUCAUCGCCAAAUUCGGUAUUUGUUGACUCCUUUCCAAAAUUAAAAGUUUGGUAUCGGCAGCAUCAAGCAUGUAUAGCUUCAACUCUCUCUGGCCUUGUUCAUGGGACCCCUUUUCAUCAGAUUGUUGAGGGGCUUCUUAACAUGAUGUUCAGAAAGAUUAAUCGAGGAAGCCAGACUACUAUUAUAUCGGGAAGCAGUAGCUCUUCUGGACUUGGAAAUGAAGAUGCCUGUAUAGGGCCAAAGUUGCCUGCUUGGGAUAUUCUUGAAGCCAUUCCCUUCGUAAUUGAUGCUGCUCUAACAGCCUGUGCUCAUGGAAGACUGUCUCCGCGUGAGUUGGCAACAGGUCUUAAAGAUUUAGCUGAUUUCCUUCCUGCAUCUCUUGCAACCAUAAUUAGUUACUUCUGUGCUGAAGUAACUCGCGGAGUUUGGAAACCAGCAUCUAUGAACGGAACAGAUUGGCCAAGCCCCGCUGCAAAGCUACAGAAUGUUGAGGAGCAGAUCAAGAAAAUUUUGGCUGCAACUGGUGUUGUUGUGCCUAGCCUUGCUCCAGGAGACACCUCUCCUGCCACACUUCCAUUGCCCUUGGCUGCCUUCACUAGCCUUACCAUAACAUACAAAGUUGAUAGAUCAUCAGAGCGUUUUCUUAAUUUAGCUGGCCAAACAUUGGAGAGCCUUGCUGCAAGUUGUCCAUGGCCUUGCAUGCCAAUUGUGGCUUCCUUGUGGACCCAAAAGGCAAAACGUUGGACUGACUUCCUUGUCUUCUCAGCAUCUAGAACCGUCUUCCUCCACAACAGUGAUGCAGUAGUCCAACUUCUUAAAAGCUGCUUCACAGCUACCCUUGGAAUGAAUGGCUCUCCUAUCUCAUCCAGUGGUGGUGUUGGAGCUCUCCUUGGUCAUGGAUUUAAGGCCCAUUUAAGUGGAGGGAUCUGCCCUGUUGCUCCUGGUAUUCUUUAUUUACGGGCUUAUCGGUCAAUCAGAGACAUGGUUUUCCUGACGGAAGAAAUCCUUUCCAUCUUGAUGCAGUCAGUGAGAGAAAUAGUGUGUGGGGGGUUACCAAAGGAGCGAUUGGCAAAGUUGAAAGCAACGAAAGAAGGCAUGAAAUAUGGACAGGUUUCGCUUGCUGCCUCAAUGAGCCGGGUGAAGCUUGCAGCUGCCCUUGGGGCUUCUUUAGUAUGGAUAUCUGGAGGGUUGACGCUGGUUCAAUUAUUAAUAAAAGAAACUUUGCCAUCAUGGUUUAUAUCUGUUCACGGCCUAGAGCAGGAAGAAAAGUGUGAUGGAAUGGUUACAAUGCUAGGAGGAUAUGCACUUGCUUACUUUGCUGUUCUUUGUGGGGCUUUUGCUUGGGGAGUUGAUUCAUCAUCAUCAGCUUCAAAGCGACGUCCAAAAGUUCUAGGUUGCCACAUGGAGUUUCUUGCAAGUGCACUUGAUGGUAAGAUAUCGCUUGGCUGUGAUUCUGCUACUUGGCGUGCCUAUGUGUCAGGUUUUGUGAGCUUGAUGGUAGGUUGCACACCAAACUGGGUACUGGAAGUUGAUGUACAAGUGUUGAAGAGACUGAGCAAUGGGUUGAGACAGUUAAACGAGGAAGAGCUUGCUCUUGCUUUGUUGUCCGCUGGUGGUGUAGGUACCAUGGGUGCGGCAGCUGAGCUCAUCAUUGACACUGAAAUGUAAACCUUUUUUUUUUUCCUAUUCUGAGGGCACUCUUCACUUUCAGAAUGAUUUGUACAUUAGUGUUCAUGUUUAAAAAGAGUUAUUUUGCUUACGUUUGAAUUAACAGUUUUGUUUGAAAAGUAGCACCUAUGAGAUUGGAAAAAUAUGUAUGUAUAAUGCUCAUCCUAACGUAAGAUAUGUGUUUAUCAACAUCAAA